AUGAAUCGUUUGUUGAAAAAAUCGAUCCGUGAAAAUCACAACAUCGGGCGAUAUCCCUGGCUGACAAGAAACGGGGAGUGGAAAUUCUUCGCGCGACAGCAUGAAAUCAACAAAGGUCUCAAACGAGAACUUAUUUGUGAAGUGCGCGCGCGACCAUGUCGCUCUGGAUCACUGGAACAUGCAGAACGGACUGUAACUGGUAUUCCUUGUCAGGCAUGGAAUACAACCACGCCUCACAAACCGUUGAUUCUUCCUCCUUUUCCGAACCAAGCUGGAGCUCGAUGCCACGUCCUCGGUGAAAACGAGCAGCUACCGUGGUGCUACACGACAGACCCAGAGCGAAAGUGGGAGUACUGCGCACUUCCCCGCUGUGCCGAAGACGGGAUUAACAUUCCAGAGGAUGAAAUAGAAUCUGAUCUGAACGAGCUUCUGGAUGCAGAAAGAUACUGUGGUCGUUCUAACUGCCAGAGUCGCAUCAUCGGCGCGACGACGUCAAAGCCAUGCAACCAUCCUUGGAUGGCUCAGAUCGCCUAUUCGAAGCCACAGACUUUUGCGGAUCACACCCGUGGACAGCAUGCAUGUGGCGCCUCAAUUAUCGGAAGUUGCUGGGUCAUCACUGCUGCGCAUUGCUUGAUGGUCAGUGACAGAAGCUCAAACGCGCGCACUAUUCAAGCUGCAGUCGAGCGCGGCACGUUUCAAGCUAUUGAUGUGAAGGACAUUUUUGUUCACGAAAACUUUCAAGUCAUUUCUGAAACAGGAGCAGCAAACAAUGACAUCGCCUUGAUUCAGUUGAAACCAGACCACACGGGCAAGUGCUUCAAGUUUGACAUGGAAACGGGCCCUAUUUGCAUGCCGCGCGCUGUCGACUCUCUCAAGGUCAGGGACAGUUGCUACAUCACUGGUUGGGGACGUACGUCUUCUGAGCCUGGCGCCCGCUUCAGUGAGACGAUCCAGCGUGCCCAAGUCCCACUGACAAAGUUCAGUGAUUGCCGGGCAGCAUACGCAAAUUCCUCCGUGCGCGAGAUUUCGCAUACACGUCCUGUCACACUUACGCGAAAGCAGCAUUUGUGUGCAGCGGAGCUUGGCGCCAUUGACGCGUGUAUUGGAGAUAGUGGCGGUCCGCUCGAUUGCUUUGAUCGUCGUACUCAGCGACAAUCGCUCGCAGGUCUCGUCUCUUUUGGCAAGCAGUGCGCGGACAAAGUCUACCCAGGGGUCUACACCAACGUCGCUUAUUACAGGGAGUGGAUCCACAAGAUCAUCAAAAAUCCGUCCGCGCAUUCAGUCGUUCCUAGGAACCAAAACUUGCAUCAAAAUAUGAACAUUGACCACAAUGUUCUUCGCCACAUGAAACCAUCAAACUGA